UGCAGCAUGGAUGCUCUUCGGUGUUGGGUGGGGGAUUUGGAGAAUAAAUACCACCUGACGGGUUCGACGGUGGGACCACACCCAUUGUCGAGCAUGGUUCGGGAGUUUCAGUCGGUGAUAGGGAAGAAAACGAGGAUGCAAGCAUUGGAAAAGUGGGGAGGUAAGCCAGAUGUUCUGGUGGCUUGCGUGGGGACAAUAUCAAAUGCUUUGGGUAUGUUUCAUGAGUUUGUAGGAGAUGAUAAUGUAAGGUUGAUUGGAGUUGAAGGUGGAGGUUUGGGACUUGAUAGUGGCAAACAUUCUUCAACGUUGACCAAAGGAGAAGUUGGAGUCUACCAUGGAGCCAUCAGCUAUUUACUACAGGAUGAACAUGGCCAGAUUAUCCAUCCACAUUCCAUUGUUGCUAGGUCAAUGGAAUAUCCAGGAGUUGGUCCAGAGUUAUGUUUUUCGAAAGAAAGUGGGAGAGCUGAAUUCUUCGCUGCAACUGACGAAGAAGCUCUUGAUGAUAUUACUUACGAAAAUUUAUGCAAAUUAGAGGGAAUAUUUCCAUCCCUGGAGGCGGCAAAUGCAUUGGGUAUCUUAGAUAAAUUAUCUUAA